UGUCCAGUAGGUUUCCCGCCGAGCGGGAAGCCUCACCCACCGGUGUAAUGGCAGGAAAAGGAGGAGACGCGCAUGCGUGUCUUCGGCAGGGGGUUGUGAGGCGGGUGGGAGCGCGGCCGCCCCGGCGGGCGCGAUGGCCGCCUCCGCUCAAGCGCCGGGGGCUGUGUCGCUGAGCGCGGAGCAGGCGAAGGCGGUGCUGGCGGAGGUGAUCAAGGCGUUCGGGGCGCCGGAGAACGCGCAGCGCAUGGAGGAGGCGCGGGACAACGCCUGCAACGACAUGGGCAAGAUGCUGCAGUUCCUCCUGCCCGUGGCCACCCAGAUCCAGCAGGACGUGAUCAAAGCCUACGGCUUCAGCAACGACGGCGAAGGGGUCCUGAAGUUCGCCCGGCUGAUCAAGUCGUACGAGUCGCAGGACCCGGAGAUCGCCAGCAUGUCGGGCAAGCUGAAGGCCAUGUUCCUGCCGCCCAUGACGCUGCCGCCGCAUGGGGCCGGGACCGGCGGGGUGGCGGCCACCUGAGACCCGCCGGCCUGCCCUGCCCCGCCGCCGGCUGGCCGUGCCCCGGCCGCAGCUGGCCUCCCGUCAGCCCUGGGAACGGAGCGCUUGAAGAAGGGAGAGGCUGCUCUGAAGGGAAUGGACCGCUCUGUGCAUGCUUGCGUGUGUCUGCUCCUGAAUAAAAAAUGUCUUGAAAA